CUUGCCGAAUUGAACUUCCUGAACAAGAACUUAUGUUUGACAAGGAAGCAGCCAACAUUCGUUGGUUGUUGCUACCAAGUGAAGCCAAAUUAUAUAUGUUAGGAGAAAAGAAGGAAGGUAGCAUACCGAAAUCCCUACCAUUUUACCCAAAGACAUACACGAUGAACUUCAAUAAUGAUGCUUCUACAAGCAAUAAUUUUUUUAGCAACAAGGAAGGCCAUUCAUGUGAAGAUAAGUCUCUAAAUAUUGAAACACAUAUAUGUAAUUCUAAAAGAGAUCAAUCUAAAGUAAAAAAUGCAUCACUUCCUCUUCCAAACAAAACCGAAAUUAAACAGUUGCUGCUUCUAGAGCCAGUGAUUCAUGCUUUGGAAAAUCAUUAUGAGAAUAAUAUGUCUUCAAAAUGGAUCAAUGAGUCUAGUUGUAAAUAUAAAACUGAAUGUCACACAUUGGAUCAUAACAGUGUAUCAUCUAAAUCUUACUGCUGUCUUGAAACAUCCAAUGAGGGAACAAAAUCUGAGAAUGUUCUAGAAAAACACAGGGAGGUGAAAAAUCAGUUACAAGCUACUACUUGCCAGUGGCAUUCUCCACCUAAACAGAUUUUCAAGCCAUUUCUUAAGGGUGUUGAAGAGUUUAACAUGAUUCAAGAUGGUGACAGUGUUCUUGUUUGUCUGUCAGGAGGAAAAGACUCCUUGUCAUUGUUGCACACAUUACACCAGUAUCAGUUUUAUGCCAAGAAAAAGGAGAUUAAUUUUCAGCUUGGAGCUGUCACUGUAGAUCCUGGAAGUCCAGCUUAUGACCCCAGCCCAUUAAAAGGGUACUUAUCUGCUUUAGGAGUACCUUAUUUUUAUGAAGAACAAGGUAUUGUAGAACAGGCAUCACAGUUGCCAGAAUGUUCAUCCAUUUGUAGUUUCUGUAGUCGAAUGAAACGAGGCAGAAUAUAUGCUUGUGCCAGAAGAGAGGGUUAUAAUGUAAUAGCUUUGGGCCAACAUUUAGAUGACCUAGCAGAAAGUUUUUUAAUGUCUGUGUUUCAUAAUGGACGUCUACGUACCAUGAAAGCACACUACACUGUUAAGGAGAAAGAUUUGAGAGUUGUAAGACCCUUAGUGUAUGUUAGAGAAAAGAAUCUUCGAAAAUUUGCUGAACAGAGAAAACUUCCUGUUAUUCCAGAAAAUUGUCCAGCCUGUUUUGAAGCCCCAAAAGAAAGACAUCGAACCAAACAGUUACUGGCAACUCAGGAAAUUCUAUUUCCUAAAUUAUAUGCAUCUCUUCGUUCUGCAAUGCAUCCUCUGAUGUCUAUAAACAGGACUGGUAUAGAAAGUAAAAUUUUUAGUUGGGUAUCUCAGAAUAAUGAUGAUAAUGAUGAUGAGUUUUAGAAAUUUACUAAGUACUGUAUUCCAAAACUGUAAUUUUAUAAAGAUUCUUAACCUGGAUAGAUAACACUAACCUCAAAUUAACCAGUCAGUCACCUUUUUUUUGAAAAGCUUAUGACCAUCUCCAAAGAUUGUUUAUGGGUAUACUGAGUCAUCAGAAAAAAAAAGAUAAGUCUGAAACAAAUCAUUGUUAAAGAUUUUUAAGGUUUGUAUAAAAGUGAGGCAUUAAAAAAUAUUUAUUUCAAAACAUCAAAAUUAAAUAUAGAAAAAAAAUAAAAAACAACAACAUACCAGUAUAGAUAUGUACCAAAUACUACAUAAGACACCAGUAUCAUAUUGCUUCACCUUUUCAGUUUAAAUUUUCAAGAUCACUAUUGCCUUAAGAAUGUGUAACUUAUGUUUUCUGUCCUACAAUGUCGAAAAGAAGAAAGUACAAUGUUAUGUAAAAAAUCUAUGUGAAAUGUUUUUGCUGGGUUUGUAGAAAAAGGAUUUUGAAAGUUUAAGAUGUUAUACACAUUUGCAAGAAAUAUUACCAUUUUGAAUUUCUUAACGUACUUUAUACAUAAUAUCUAAUAAAUUAAUUGUUUUUAUUAAUUAUUAUUAUGAUAACAUCAAAUCUUAAUGUGUGAUAUAUGAUAAAUUUACUGUGUUUACUGAUUUAUUUAUAGAUUCAGGUUUUAACUACAACAUAUAUAAUUAUUAUAACAUCAAGUUGAAAUCUAUAUGUGAUUAGAAAUACUGACAUUCUCAACAUAUUAUACAUUUAUACUGUUGGCACUGGAUUAAAUAGUAUGUGGAACUUGACAAUGUGUCUGUUUUGACUUGUCAUUUACUUUUUUAAAAUUAAUACUUCAAUGAACUGAAGACAUUGAGAUAAUUGAUUGGAAAGUUUUAAAUGCUUUUGGUUUCCUAUAAUAUCCAAACCUUACUAUACACUUAUAGAUCUGACCAUUUAAUUUGUUUUUAACUAUGUUCAUUCAUGACUGUGUAAAAUUUAUAACAGUUUUAUUUGUCACUUUCUAACGUUAGAAGAAGUUGUUGAUAUUUAAAUGAAUGCAGUUUUUAUCUUGUGUACUAUUAAUGUAUAUUUUAUGUUAUUGAA